AUGGAAAAAAUCAGAGAAAAGUUGAACAACUUGAAGUUGGAAUCUGAAUCUUGGCAAGAGAAAUAUGAGGAGUUAAAGGAACAAUACAAGCAAUUGGAACAAGAUAAUACCGAAAAGGAAAACCACAUCAAAUCCUUGACCACUAAGAACCAACACCUAGAAGAAGAGGUCGAAAAAUUGGAAACUGACUUGACCGAUUCUAAGCAAUUGGCAGAUGAAUCCCACAACUUGCGCUCCAAUAACGACAAUUACACCAAGAAGAACCAACAAUUGGAAGAAGAAUUGGAAGAAAGUGAUGCAAAAUUGAAGGAAACCACAGAAAAAUUGAGAGAAACCGACUUGAAGGCAGAACAGCUAGAACGUAAGGUUGUAGCCUUGGAAGAAGAAAGAGACGAAUGGGAGAGAAAGCACGAAGAAUUGACUAGCAAAUACGAAGAGGCCAAGAAAGAAUUGGAUGAAAUUGCCUCUUCUUUAGAAAAUUUAUAA